AUGGGUGCCAGUGCCAGCUUGAAGGUGCUGCCUUCUCCCGCUCGCCCGAUUUCGGUGGUAGAGUUUGCCAACGCGCUGUUCUCGACAUGGAGGCGGCCCAGCUCCUACGGGGCGCGGCGGUCGAAUACCUUUGGCCUGGCUGUAAGUGGCGGGGUUGAUUCUAUGGCUCUUGCAGCUCUCUGCUCUAGAAUCCAGAAGACCCCUUUCGAGAGCAUAGGCUCUGGAAUACGCCAUGACUAUGCUCAAACAGCUGCCGCCGUGCUACCACACGUCCAAUUCAAAGCUUUUGUUGUAGAUCACGGGGUAAGAGAGGGUAGUGAUGUUGAGGCAAGAGCAGUGUCGAACGUAUUGGAACGACGCGGAAUCCGUACACAAGUUUUGAAGAUCGACUGGGGUGACUAUCAACGCCCCGCAGAUUUACCUAAUUUUGAAUCACUGGCCAGGAAGUACAGGUUUCAAACGCUGGGCAAGGCUUGCAGAGACAGUGGGAUCGAUUCGCUGUUCCUUGCCCAUCACGAAGAUGACCAGGCAGAGACUGUACUGAUGAGGUUGAUCAAUGGCCAUCGAAUGUUUGGUCUCGUGGGCAUGAAACGUGACUCGGAGAUUCCAGAAUGUCAAGGUAUUCAUGGUGUCCAUGAGAGCGGUGGGCUGGACACGGCCGGAAGUCACCCCAUGCAAUCCCAGGAAUCUCAUCAAUACACGAACUCUCUGGCGAUUGAAACCGGUGGUAUCAGAGUCUACAGGCCUUUGCUGGGAUUCAGCAAGGCUCGCUUGAUAGCUACUUGCAAAGCUGUGCAGAUGGAAUGGUUCGAAGACCACACAAACCAAGACCCAACUGUCACUACGAGGAACGCUAUUAGGAAGAUGUACAGCUCUCACGCCAUGCCACCUGCCUUGACAACUCCCGCUAUUCUGAGCCUAUCCGAGAAAUUCGAGAUGAAGAGCAACGAUCUCCUGAAUGAAGCGAAGUCAUAUCUUGGUAAAAGUAUGAUCAAGGGCUUCGAGACUCGCACCGGCACCUUAACCAUCCGCUUCCCUGACCUGAGCCCCUUGCGCAACUCGCGGUCACGGAGCGAUACUGGACUGAUUGCAGCUCUGCUCUUACGCCAGGUGAUCACGUUCGUGACGCCCGAGGAGCACGUACACCUUCAUUCACUACACGGUGCCGUCGAGCGGAUCUUCUUCGCUGAGCUUUCGAAGCAGCACGCAGCCCCAGCGCGACCAACCGCAUUCACUGUAUCCGGAGUCCAGUUCCGGCCAUUAUCAGCAGCUAUACAGGAGGAAGGAGGACGAUGCCCGGCAGCUAAUUGCACGUGGCUGAUCUCGCGACAGCCUUACACAUCAUCAACGCAUUCGAACCGACCCAGGAUCCCCAUCCCUCCCUCUACCAGCUCAUCCACGUCUCCCUGGGCCCUCUACGACGGGCGCUUCUGGCUGCGGGUGCAAAACCGAGGCACUAGACCGCUGUCCAUCCGUCCCUUUCUCAAAGAUGAUUUAGCCACCUUCAAACGGUCGCUCACAAAGAAAGAACAGGACCGGCUCCGCAUUGUGUUAAGGAACCUAGCCCCUGGAGAUGUGAGGUGGACAUUGCCGGCUAUCGCAGUUCGGGAAUCUGAUGGCAGGGAGAGGAUCCUGGCUCUGCCGACUCUGGGCAUCGCUGUACAGGAUGUCGAGACUGUUGUGCAUUGGGAAGUUAGGUAUAAAAAGGUGGAUAUGGAGAUACUUAAGUGUUGGGAAUCGACCGCAGGAAGGGAUGUGGGAUGUUGA